CGACUGAACAAACUAGUGCGAUUUGCCGUGGUUCGGGCUGGCGUCAACUCUAUUUCAGCUCUUUGUACUUCGUAUGUUGUAGCGUACGCAUAGCGCCUAAGGGUGUCGACGAAGGGUGUCGACGGGGUUAACUGGCAGUCGACCCACUGCACUUGGAACUUCAAUAAGCCGCGGCUGCCUUUUCCUCGACGCGCGCUCCCAUAGUCCAUCAAAGCAUCCGAUGGCGGCUCUUGCUGGCAGUUCGCUUCUGGCCGCGCUGCAUUCCUCCCUUGAGCGCAUCAAGACCAUCAAGAGAGUAUGUCGCGCUCUCUCGAAGAAACCGCAACUUCGCACCAGCAUCGAGGUGGGCUACAUCAUGGCGGAGACGGAGAAGCAGCCGCUGCUGACGCGGGAGGGCCCCGGCGUGCACCGCGACCUGUGCCACGUGGCUCGGGUGGUGAGCCUGAAGGAGAUGGACAGCUGGAAGCUGCCGCCGCAGUGGGGACAGGCCGGCGCACCCACCUGCGUCUUCGUGCUGGUGCUGCAAGGCCGCGUCCAGCUCAAGACCAAAUGCCGGGAGGCCUUUGCUGCGCGGCUGCGGGCAGCGGGCGGUGACCGGAGCGGCAGCGCGCCAUCGAACGGCGCCGAGGGCGAAGGCUCAGGUUUCGAGGGCGCGUCCGAAGAGGAGCUGUUGUCCCUUUUCAACUCGAUUGACACAGACGGGUCAGGCGCCAUUGACGUAUCGGAGCUGCAGACGGCGCUGGAAAUGAUGGGCAUCCACAAGAGCGAGGACGAGGUGGCGGAGCUGAUGGACGGUGUGGAUGACGACGGCAGCGGCGAGUUGGAGUUCCCGGAGUUCAAGGCAAUUCUGCGCAAGGCCAUAAACGGCGGCGGCGCAGGGCAGGACUUGGUGUGGCGCGAGCAGCCGCAGCAGCCGGGCGUGUGGGUGGGUGACCUCACGGCCGGCUCAGCGGUGGGCGAGGCAGCCAUCCUGGACACGUCGCCUCAGCUUCAGGACGGCGGGCUGAUGGCUCUGGAGACCACGGACCUGUUGGUGCUGGAGCGAGCCGACUACGAGCGAAUACUGGAGAACGGGUUCGACGGCGAGCUCAAGGCCAAGAUGACCCUGCUGCGCUCCGCGCCGGUGCUGGGCGAGGCGCUCCGCCGCACCGACCUGCGCCGCCUGGCCUACGCCAGCGAGCGCCGCAGCCUAGGGCGCAACGUGGCGCUGUACGAGCAGGGCGCGGCGCCGGCGGGGCUGGAGCUCAUCGUGGAGGGGCAGUGCAAGCUCGUGGUCAAGGUGGCGGUGACGGAGUCCAGCUCCAUGGUGGGGAGCCGCCGCGGGACUGACACCGGCAUCGCGGCGCUGGGUCCAUCGGGCGCGGCCGCCCCAAGCAGCGCCGCCGGCGCCAGUAGCGCAGGCGGCGCAGCCCAGGCUGCAAGCAGCGCUGGAGGCACUGCGGGCCAGGGUGGAAGCGGCGCCGCCGCGCCCAGUCUGCAGCAGAUGCAGCAGCAGCUGCUGGGUCGGGUGGCGGCGGCGGAUGAUGACGUGUGCAGCUCGCGGGACAGCUCCCCCAGCGCGGCGGCGAUGCUGCGGCGCGGCAGUAGCCACCUGGUCAAGGCGGGGCGCAGCAAGCGGCUGGAGCUGGCGGUGCUGGGGCCCGGCGACAUGUGCUCCGAGGCGAGUGUGCUGGGCGAGGAGCGGCACGCGCACUCGUGUGUGGUGACAAGUCAGAGCCUGGUGGUGCUGUCAGUGUCUACGAAAGACCUGCGCAAGUGCGUGCACCCAGCGGACAUGGCCACGCUGCGGGAGCAUUUCGAGCGCCGCUACAGCCAGCGCAGCAGCCGGCUGGCUGUAGCAGCCAGCGUGGCAGCGAUGAGCGCAAGCGAGCUGGCGCGCGUGCGGCGUGGCACUGGCGGAGGAGGCAACGGUGGGGAGGAGUCUGCUGCGGCGUCGCUGUCUGGGGCGGCCCAUGUGGACAGUUUUGGAUCGCGGCGGAGCACGCUGAGUGGCAUGGCGGAGGCGACGGGUAGCGGCGCGAAUGGCGUGGGCGGCGGCGAGGCGGCGAGGCCGGGGACGCCGGCGGCGGCGCUGGAUCGACUGGCUGCGGUGAUGCGAGGCAGGUCGCGGCCCAGCACGCAGGGCUCCAGCAGUAGCUUCACUGCCGGCGUCAGCAGCUCCGGCGCCGCUGCUACAGCCGGCCCCGGCGCUGCAGCCUCCGGCACCAUGGCCGGCGGCCGCAGCCGCCUGCUGGAGUCCAUGCAGCUGUCCGGCAGUAGCAGCUCCCUGCGGCACGAUUCCAUGUCGCAGGGCCGUUUCGGCGGCAGUAGCCUCGGGCCCGGCGGCGGCGGCAGUAACGCUCUGGACGGCUGCGGCCCGAACUCUGUGGUGGGGCGGCUGACGGCGUCGGGCGUCAGCGGCGGCGUGCCGUCGCCGGCCCUGCUGCGGGCGGCCCCGACGGACGGCAGCGGUGCGCCUCUGACACCGCGGCUGUUCGUGAGCGUCAGCACUACCGGCGCGUCUCCGCACCUGUCGCCCGGCCGGCCCGCGACCGUGCAGGGUUUGUACGGCACGGUGGGCAGCGGCGCCACGAUGUACGGCAACUCGCUCCUCCCGGGGCUGGGUGGCGGCGGCGGCGGCGGCGGCCUGUUCACGCCCGUGUCUGCCCCCACCUCCGAGACCAGUACGGCGAUGAACAGCGGCACCGGCAUGGGCGCGGGCUGGGGCCCAGGGGACGCAGCGAUGGUGCAGGCGGUGCUGGCCGGCGAUGCUGACGCCGUGGGACUGGGCGGCGGGGGCGGAGGCGGCAUGUUGGCCGCCGGCAGCAGCCAUGGGCAGAGCUCGAGCGGCGGCGUCACGGUGACGCGCGGCGGGCAGAAUGAGCUGCUGUCGUACAUGCUGGGUCAGAGUGUGCCGCUGGAUGCGGGAGAGCAGGCAUACCGCCGGAUUAACACUGCCCCGCUGCCAGCCGCCGGCCACACCAGCAGCACCUCGGUUCCCAGCAACGCCCUCUGCACACCUCCAGGCACCGGCACCGGCCUCAGCUCAAACGCCACCUCCCUCACCCCCACGCCCUCGCCGCUGCCCUCCGCGCCCGUGUCCCUCGACGGCCCCAGCCUACCGCCGCCAGCGGCCUCGCAGCUACCCCCGAAGCCGCCACAGCCACACUCUUCCAGUGCCGGCGGCUCUGCCACGCCAGGAGGAGUUGGGAGCGCCACGCCGCGUGCCGCCGGCUCUCCCUCGCCGCUCAUCCGCACCACGUCUGGAGCCGCAGCCGCAGCGGCGGCGGCAGCGGCCGCCUUGGCGGGUCCGUCUCUAGGUGCCAUCCUGAGCGCAUUAGAAGCACCUACCGUGCCAAGCCGCACAGGCGGGCGUGUGCGCGAUGCGAGGACGCGCAGCGAAGAGUCGGCGGGUGCGGUUACGGGCACGGGACCGUGGCCAGUCGCCGGCCACCAAAGACCAGACUACCUCAGCGCCUCGCAGCCCAUCGUGCCUGGCCUUGACCAGGUGUCGCAACGGUCGCCGGUGCAGCUGUCGCCGCGCUCGCCGCUGUUCUCCAGCUACGCCACCGCCGCAGUCAACUUGGCGGCGGCGGCGGCGGCGCAGUCCCCACGCGGCAUGCCAACAGCGGCACGGCCGCCGCCACCACCCGCAGUCGCAACGCCUGCCGUGUCCAAGCUUGGCUACACCAGCCAAAGUUACCAUCCGGCAUGGGCUGGCGGCGGCUUUGGAACCGGCGGCGACGGCGGCAGCUCCGCCAGCGCGCUACCGAGCCCUGUGAGCGUCGGCGUUGUGGGUGCCGGUGGAGCCGGCCUGGCGCAGCACUGCAGCGCGGCUGCAAUGGACGGCUGCGGCGCCGCCGUAGGCGCCGACCUCGCGGCGCAAGCAUCAGCUGCGUCGUCCUUGCCAUCGCACGCUCCCUCUGCAGUGGACGUGGGGCUGCCAGUCGCGGUUGCAGUCAACCCGCAGGGCACUCCUGCCGGUGCUGCGGCCGAGGAGGCGCUUCAGUACGCCACCGCAGCUGCCGGCGUCUCCAGCUGGUUUCCCACGCCCCGUCGGGAGGCCUCCGACGCCUCCGCCUCCGGCGGCGCAGCCACCGGCGCAGGCGGUGCUGGUGGUGGUGGCGGCGGCGUGCGGCAGAAGUGGACGGUGUCGCGGUACCCCCGGGCUAUGGCAGACGGCUUGUUGGCCCUGGAUGCGACUGAGGCCGAGUACAAUGCCGCUGUGGCGGCGGCCGGCGCCGCCGUGGCGGCGGCCACCGCUGCUUUCGGCGGCAACAGCCCUGACCCCGCCACCGCAUCGGCCGCCAAAGGUGCGGUGCUGCCUCAACAGGCGCAGGUGCAGCCACAGCUGCUGCCGCCGCCGCAGCCAACGCCGCCGGCCGCGCAGCCCAUGCGCAAGCUGUUCUCCCGCGGCCUGGACCUGACGGCGACCCCGCCCAUGUCGCCAGCGCCGCCGCUGACAGACGACGAGGACGAAGCUGCUCCACAAGGUGGCGGUGCCGCCGGCCGCGGCCUGAUGGUUAUCGGCAACCCGCGCCGCGGCUCAGGCGGAGACACGGAGCUCUCUGAUGGCGAGGACGGAGCAGACGAUGAAGAUGAGUGGGAUGCUCCGCUUCUGGCGCUGCCGGCGGGAGGCGUGGCGGCCAUGGUGAAGAUGGUGGGGGGUGGCGGCGCCUCGGCGGCGGCGGCGGCAGCGGCGCGUGGGGGCUGCGGUGGAGGCGUUCCCAGCGCCGCCAGUGCCUGCGGCUACGCCAGCGGAGACUCGGGUCCUUUGCUCGGGGCGGUGCCGCCUGCGGCGCCGCUGUCGGCAGGGGUGCCGCGGCUUGCGCUGCACCGCCUGCGUGCCAGCGACGCUGACGGCGACCAGACUGGCUGUGGCGGUGGCGGCAGUGCGCCGCUGCUGAAGCUGCAAAUGUCAGGGUCCUUCACGGCAGGCGGCAGCGGCGCCAGCGUGCUACCAUACAAAUCGCCGUCGUCAAGGACGGUGGUGGGCUCCGUCAAAGCAAUGAUUCGGGGAUGGCAGACCGCCCGCGCCGCCGGCACCAUCACCUCCACCGCACAGGCCGCGUCCGCACAUGAUGGCGGCAUGGCGUCACAGCCCAGCGGCGGUUCCCUCACCGCCCGCAUGCCCACCAGCCGUAACGCAGAUGCCCUCCGCUCCUCCGUGUCAGCGCUCACAGCUACCGACGCCGCCGCGGCAGCGGCGGGCGCCGCCGGCGGCGCGACAUGGGGCCGCGAGACGGUGGCGGCGGCGCUGGCUGUGUCGGGUGGCGACCGCGGUCGCCUGGCGGCGGUGUACAGCACCAUGCUGAAGCACGGCGAACAUGUGGUGAAGCCCAGUCUGGAACAGCAGCUGGUAAUGCAGCGCGUUACCGCGAGCAGGGGCGGCGGCGGGGGUGUGGCGGCGGGCGCCCCUGGCGCCCCGCUGACGCCCACGCCACCGCCGCGCGCCGCCUGGUCCUCACCUCGGCCGGCAGGCCCGUCGGCCGUGGCGCCAGCAGCGUCGGCGUUUGACGGCAAUGGCGGCGGCGAGCCGUCUCUGUUGUCGUCGCCGUUCUUGGUUGGCGGCGCGCCCCCGAGUCCGAGGGCGGGCGGGGGUGCAGGCGGGCUGUUUGAGAGGGCGGCGCCGCAGGCGCUGCCCCGGCCGGGCGGCGCGUCCGCCGCUGCGACCCAUAUGAUGAGUGACCCUCAGCUGGCACUGCUGCAUUCGGUGGUGAAGGAGGCGGUGGCGGCGGAGCGGGAGGGCCACGGCGCGCUGGCGGCGGGCGGCUACAGCUGGCAGCAGGCAGCAGCAGGCGGUGGUGGCAGCAGGACGCCGCGGGGGCAGCGCGCCAGUGUGUCGCCGGGCCGGGACCGUCGGCUCGGCUCCGGGGCUGUUGGUGGCAGCAGCGCGGCUCUGUACGGCAGCGGCGGCUCGGCGGCACGCGGCGUCGGAGCCAUGAACAGGCGCUAACGUCAAACUCCAGCGGCGGCAUGGGCGCCUAGACGUAUGCCGUAUAUCUGAUACAGUUGCAGGCGUGGUGAACAGGCGCUUGCGGUUCAGGCGGAGAAUAUGACACGUUGCUGACCUUGCAGUGCAUGUGCGGUUGUUGCCAGGAUUGGACUUGCCUUGCAAUAAGCUUCAUGAAAGCUAUGCUGCAGGUAGCAUGCGAUCGGGGCGAUCAAACGGAAACGAUUUAGCGGGCAUUCAUACAUAACAGUGCAGUGGUGGUCAGGUGGGAGUGCGGGAGUGCUCACCGUACAAGCAGGGGUCUCCAUGCAUUCUUUGAUUGGACCGAUAUUCACGGUAUGGACAUGCAGUUUUCCGAGUCCGAGUGAGGCGUUGGUGCGUUGGUGCGCUAUCCAAUUUCAUUAUAUGCAGUGACUACUUGUAUCAUAUGUCUGGUCUGCAUGCAGUUACCCAGUGUGUAGGACUGCUCGGACGGCGGCAGAGGGACAUGUUGGCUUACUCCCAUUUCCAUUGCCAUAUCGCUGCACAGUGGUGUGAUUCGAUACGGCCGCAAGACAGCCAGCAAUAAGGCUCUGCAGGCAGGAAGCCAGCAAAUGACUCGAAGCCAAGUGUGACUCAUGCGUGACGAAGGGUUGUUGAGCGGCCCUUGCGGAUCUCCGCUGCAACUGCAGCGAUUGGGCACGGCAAGGAAAGGGCGGCUAAGCUGGCCUGCUGGUUGGCGGGGCGCUCGGCUGCCGUCAACAUCAGCUGGAAUCAGCUGCUGAUGCGUGCCAAGUGUGGACUAUAUGUGACACCCUCGUGACUUGGUGAGCGCUCAUCGGCUCAUGUCCAGCGCUGUUGGAUGUGGGAUACAUCAAUCCACGUGUA